GCGAGACCCGUCCAGUUGCAGUGCACGACUUGGCAGCUGUUAGCCCGAAAAGUAUGUUCGUGAGCGUUCAGUAUUGCCACGACGGCAGUACAAAAGCCUCGUUGCCAGUUGUUAUGCUGAUUCUGUGUUCUCUUCGUCUCUAUCCAUGGCGCUAGCAUCUCACCCAGCCUCCGAGGUUGCCGGCAUUGAGGAGACCAGGGACCUCGACACAACCGGUCUCUGCCUCUUGUCUCUUGAUGGCGGGGGGGUCCGAGGGCUUUCGAGCCUGUACAUCCUCAAAGGCCUCAUGACGAGGCUGAACUUUGAGCGACAAGCCGUUGGACUCGCCAGAGUGAAACCUUGCGACAUAUUUGACCUGAUCGGCGGUACGAGCACGGGAGGAAUCAUUGCCAUCAUGUUAGGUCGACUGGAGAUGGACGUGGACGAAUGCAUCAAGGAGUACAAAGUCAUGAUGAAAAAGGUCUUCAAGAACAAGAGGAAUGCAUUUUUCGUGUCCAUCACCGGCAACGUCAAGGCCCGGUUCUCGUCCAAGACGCUGGAGACGGCCGUCAAGGAAGUUCUGAGGAGCAAAGGGUUCAAGGAAGACGACCUUCUUCUGGACGAAGAAAACCCCGAAGCUGCCGGAAAGUGCAAAGUUUUCGUCUGUGCUAAAUCCCAGGAGGGGAACCACAUCAGACGGCUGAAGAGCUACAACGUGCAAGGGAGACAGGAUGAAGACAACCCCAGGAUCUGGGAAGCGGCUCUGGCCACCUCGGCGGCGCCGUCAUUCUUCGACCCCGUGCAGAUCGGAGCGUGCAGCUACGUCGACGGGGCCAUCGGGGCCAACAACCCGGUCAACCAGGUGGAGGAGGAGGCGGCGGACAUCUGGUGCGAAGACACGGGCCGCCUGCAGCCGAUUGUGAAAUGCUUCAUUUCGGUCGGGACGGGCCAUGCGGACUUCACGACGAUCAAGAACAGCUCGUUGAGGUCGGUGGCGCACAGCAUCGAGAAGGUCGCCACGGAAACCAAGGCCACGGACAACGAAUUCACCGGCCGAUGGCGGGAGCACCUCGACACCCGCUAUUUCCGGUUCAACGUCGAGGAGGGCCUGCACAGCGUCCGCCUGGCCGAGUACAAGCAAGAGGCCGUCAUCGACGCCGGCACCCGCCUCUACCUGGACGGUCAUGGCGUGAAGCGCAAGGUCAGGGCGUGCGUGCAGAACCUGAGACAGAAACGAUAUGAGCCCGAUCGGGCCUUUUGCCUGGAGCAGACGAAGCUCCAGGAGUUGCGAGAGAAGAGCGAGCAGCGGGACCGCGACCGCCCCAAGAUGCUGGGCACCACGAGCGAAAUAUCCGAACUGGUCGAGAGGGGCGACGCCAACCGACGAAAGGCCCCCAGCAUGGUCAACAAGGAGGACCUCCUCAGCGCGCAGGAGGACUUCACGCGCGCGCUCCGGGGGAUGAAUUCGCAGACCCCGCCGCCCAAGGCCAAGGAGUUUGCCCGCGUCUACCAGAAGCUGAUGUCCACGUCGCUGCGCCUCAGCCACCUCCUCGCCUUCACUGAGACGGAGCGCCUGGCGUACGUGCGCGAGGCCGAGAAGCACGGCACCUUCGCCAUGGAGCACGCCCUCCGCUCGCAGAACGACCAGCGCGUCACCCAGAUGCGGUUCUACAUGGCGUGCGUGCACGCGCGGGAGGUCUGCCUGAUGGCCGAGACGGGCAGUCUGCAGGGCGAGGCGCUGGGCUCGAGGCGCGACCGGGCGUCCGAGGAUCUCUCGGUCGCGUUGAGCGAGCUCCAGAGCUUCGAGGACAUGGACUUGGCCGUCUACGAAGUCAUGGCGCGGGAGUACAGCCAGGCGUUAUCGCGUGGAGCGCGGGCGUGAGGUAUGGGCAUCACGGGAAGAUGUUGAUCGAUUCUUUCGGCGGGAAGGGGAUUCAUGUUUUUACUUGGGCCGAAUAUUUGUACUCAUGAUGAUCAAUAGCAUGUAUGUAUGUAUGUCAAUGAUUGCCCACACCGGAAGGGGCAG